UAGUAAUUUCAGUUGAGUAAGAAGCCCCAAAUUUCAUUUACGCGCAUAUAUUAGCCAAACAGAAUUUGUUUCAAGUGGUACAACUUAGAACAAGUGGCAAAGACCUUGAGAUACCAGCUGGUACUGAUUUAAGAUAUUUAAAAAUGUCACGUUUGGGAGUUUUGGCUUUGCUGGUUACGUGCGUGAUCGUCGUCAACACCAUGCCAGCCAACGCAGGCGUAACACACACCCAUAAGCACGAGAAACACAACAGUAAAGAACGACUCAAGGAUGGAAUAUAUGCUGCACGGGAUGCACAUCAUCACGAAGACGGGGAACAUAAUGUGGAGUUCGAUCAUGAAGCAAUUAUUGGCAGCAUCAAAGAAGCACAAGAAUUCGACAAACUCUCGCCUGAAGAAUCAAAAAAGCGUUUGCUUGUACUUAUAAAAUUAAUGGAUCUAAAUAAGGAUGGCUUUGUUGAGCGCCAUGAGCUGAAAGCUUGGAUUUUAAGGUCUUUUAAAAAACUCGGCGAAGAGGAAGCAGCUGACCGAAUGGAAGAGAUUGAUGCAGAUGGUGACUAUCAAAUAACUUGGAAGGAAUAUCUCAAAGAUAGCUUUUCGAUGGAGGAUGAAGAAGAAAAGAAAGAACUAAUCGAUUUCGAUAGCUAUGAUGAGGAGAAACAAAUGAUUAAAUCUGACAAGGAGCUUUUCAAUGCUGCCGAUUUGAAUAAGGAUGGUGUACUGGACUCCAAAGAAUAUGUUCUCUUCUAUUCGCCAGAAGAGCACCCGCAAAUGCUGCCUAUCGUGCUGGAGCAUACUCUCCGUGAGAAGGAUACAAAUCACAAUGGUGAAAUAGAUUACUCCGAAUUCAUCGGCACAGCUGGGCAAGAGAGAAGUCGUGAAUGGCUUGUGGAAGAAAAAGAUCGCUUCGAUCAUUUGGAUGAGAAUAAAGAUGGCCUAUUGACCGGUAACGAGGUCCUCAAUUGGGUAGUGCCGAAUAGUGAGGCAAUCGCCAAAGAUGAAGUUGACCAUUUAUUUGUAUCAACCGAUGAAGAUCACGACGAUCGCUUAAGCUAUUUGGAAAUAUUGAGUAACUAUGACACUUUUGUGGGCAGCGAGGCGACGGACUAUGGCGAUCAUUUGCAGAAUAUAAACCAUUUUCUUGAUGAGCUGUAAUGAGGCGCAGUUUUACUUCCAAGCACUUAAUGCCAAACCCGUGGAAAUUAUUUGAAACGAAACGUACAAUAUUUGAUUUUAGUAAUUCAUUUAGAAUAUUCGAAGCUCAUCGUGGAUUAUAUUAAGUUUAAGUGAUUUAAAAUUAUGUAACUGAUUUCAUAUAUUUUAAGUUUAGUGUACGUCUGUAGUGUGCAGUAUUCGUGAUAUUACUGCAUGAAGUAAUUAGCAUUCAAGGUAGUAUUUAUUACGUUAUUCUUAAUAUA